CCGGACGCGCGGCAGGGAAAGCGACGGAGAGUGGACGGCGGCGACGCAGACGCAGGCGCAGACGCAGGUGGCCCGGGGGCGGAGCGGGAGCCGGGGCCGCGCCGCGGUCUUCCUGCCUGGCCGGUGGGGACGCUGACGCCGUGGCGGCUUCUCUGCCGCGCAGGGCGCAGCCAGGAGGCGAUCGAGGAGCGCAGCGCCAGCCCCGAGGCCCCGGCGGCCCCGGUCGGUCGGCUCCCGGAGGCAGCGUCCGAGCCCGCGGGUCCUGGCCCCGUGCUGGGCGGCCUCGCGAGGCGAAGGGCACCGAAGGUCCAGCCUUUUCUGCCAGUGUGGUUGGCCAACCCAAGCUGUGUCAAGAAGAAUGUCACCGAGGACCUCGUUCCCAUUGAGGACAUCCCUGAGGUGCACCCGGACUUGCAGAGGCAGCUGAAGGCACAUGGCAUCUCGGCCUACUUUCCAGUCCAGGCGGCGGUGAUUCCUGCUCUCCUGGAGAGUGCGGCUGAUGGGUUUCUAGUGGGUAGAGGAGGCUACCAGCCCAGUGAUCUUUGUGUUUCUGCUCCAACGGGCAGCGGAAAGACACUGGCCUUCGUCAUCCCCGUGGUGCAGGCAUUGUUGCACCGGGUGGUCUGCCAUGUCCGUGCCCUGAUUGUGCUGCCCACCAAGGAGUUGGCCCAGCAGGUGAGCAAGGUGUUUAACAUCUACACUGAUGCCACACCUCUGCGUGUCGCUCUGGUUACUGGGCAGAAGCCGCUUGCCAAGGAGCAGGAGAGCCUUGUCCAGAAAACAGCAGACGGCUACCGCUGCCUGGCUGACAUUGUGGUGGCCACGCCUGGCCGCCUGGUGGACCACAUUGACCAGACCCAGGGAUUCAGCCUCCAGCAACUGCGCUUCUUGGUUGUGGACGAGGCCGAUCGCAUGAUAGACAGCAUGCACCAGUCCUGGCUGCCCCGGGUGAUGGCAGCUGCUGUCCCCAGCAGUGGCCCUGCAGCCCCCUGUGCCCUGCUGCAGAGAUGGCGGCCAGCGGCUAUGACUGCAGCCAGUACCUCCUGUCCCCAGAUGCCUCUCCAGAAGCUGCUGUUUUCGGCCACCCUGACCCAGAACCCCGAGAAGCUACAGAGGCUUGGCCUGUACCAGCCACGGCUGUUCUCCACGCAGCUGCCACACAGGGACCCAGGAGAUGCCAAGGACCCUGAGGGGAAGUAUGCCUUCCCUGCAGGGCUCAUGCACCGUUAUGUGCCCUGCAGCCUGAGUGCCAAGCCACUUGCUGUCAUCCACCUGGUCUUAGGGAUGCACCUCUCCAGGGCCCUGUGCUUCACCAACUCCAGAGAGAAUGCCCACAGGCUCUUCUUGCUUGUGCAAGCAUUCGGGGGUGUGAGUGUGGCCGAGUUCUCCUCCUGCUACGGGCCUGGCCACAGGAGGAAGAUCUUGAAGCAGUUUGAGCAGGGCAAAAUCCAGCUUCUCAUCAGUACAGAUGCCACUGCCCGAGGCAUUGAUGUGCCAGGUGUGGAACUGGUGAUCAACUAUGAUGCCCCCCAGUACCUGAGGACCUACGUGCACCGGGUUGGGAGAACGGCACGAGCGGGCAAGACAGGGCAAGCCUUCACACUGCUCCUGAAGGUGCAGGAGAGGAGGUUCCUCCGGAUGCUGGCAGAAGCUGGUGCACCUGAGCUGGCCCGGCACGAGGUCCCUAGCAAGCUCCUGCAGCCGCUAGUUCCUCGCUAUGAGGAAGCCUUGUCCCAGCUGGAAAGGACAGUCAAGGAGGAGUACAGACAGAAGGUGGCCUAAGCUGGGGACCAGUGGGACGCUCACAAUCACAGGAGUCACCUCCUUGGGAAAGUGCACACGCUGGGCACUUGAGAGCAGAGAACCCCGCGUCCUCUGCAUGGACCUAGAAGACUGAGCGUGGCCAAGGCCAGGGCCAGCCUCCUGUUGUCUCUAGGGAGGAAACCCAGGGAGGCCGGCCUGCCCCACCCGGGAACUGACCGAGGAGCACUCGGCUGUCCACGAGGCUUGCUAUUGAAGUGCUUACGUGAUGCAUUAAAU